UUACACAGAUGCCUUUCGUAUUUUACGGAACUUGUCUUCUUCUUCUCAUCUUUUCCGGUUCAUCUGCAACAGUAGGGGCCGAACAAGAAGUUGACAAGGAUCUCGUUGUCAAAUUGCCUUGUUCAAAGAUCUACUGCCUCACAAGCUGCGGUGGAUCGGGAUUGGAGUACCUCGACGUGCAAAUAACAGGAUUUCCUUUUGUUCCAAAGGCAAAGGAAUUGAAUGCUAACAUUUCAUUUACUCCAAGAAAGACGAUUACUUACAUUGCUGCUACUGUCAAUCUCUCUGUAAGUAUUGACAAGUCUCCCGACGCGACGCCUAUCACUCUGUUCAAAACAUUCGCUGGAUGUGGAGAACAUCACAGUUCACGAUUCAAUUGCCCAUUGCUUGCAGGAAAAAAAGUACACAUCAGUCAAACUUUCAGUCUAAAGGGAGUAUAUGAUCUUCUACUAAAGGUUGGUGUGCAGGCGUUUGUAGUUGCCAAGGCGUUUGAUCAGAAUAAUCAACUUAUUCUUUGCGUGAAAGGAGAACCAGUGUAGAUAGUACACUAGUCAACCUACUCUGCAAGGCGUGUUGAAACCAGAGACAACAGUACUGGCUGUGUAUGUUUGUGUGUCUGUGUGUAUGUUAGGGCUGUUCAUGUAAGACUAUUCAAGUAGUAUAAGUUGAACAACCGAAGUAGAAUCUUUGUUUGCUAUUUACCUACAAGUUCAGCAGUAGGUCAUGCAAUUUGUUUUUCGUGUUUAGAUGGAUAUGCAGAUUACGUUGCUCUAUGCAACCAUUUUGCUAAUAUUUCACAGCCAGGAAUUCUGAGA